GAAAAUCGAAAGAGUUCGUUUGGAAAGCUGCAUUACUAGCUUGUCUGAACGUCUGUUGCAGAAGCAAAUUCAUUUCAUUUGUGGUGUGUAAUUUAAACUUGACAAAGCAAAAUGCGUGAAUGUAUCUCAGUGCACGUCGGCCAAGCCGGAGUCCAAAUCGGUAAUGCCUGCUGGGAGUUGUACUGCCUGGAACAUGGCAUCCAACCUGACGGCCAGAUGCCCUCCGACAAAACCGUAGGGGGUGGAGACGACAGUUUCAACACCUUCUUCAGCGAAACCGGGGCCGGCAAACACGUACCCAGGGCCGUGUUCGUCGACUUGGAACCCACAGUAGUGGAUGAAGUACGAACAGGCACGUACCGCCAGUUGUUCCACCCCGAACAACUCAUCACGGGUAAAGAGGAUGCCGCCAAUAACUACGCUCGUGGCCACUACACAAUCGGCAAAGAAAUCGUCGACUUGGUUUUGGACCGUAUCAGGAAAUUGGCGGAUCAGUGUACUGGACUACAAGGUUUCCUCAUCUUCCACUCAUUCGGAGGUGGUACCGGAUCCGGAUUCACAUCCCUGUUGAUGGAAAGGUUGUCUGUGGACUACGGAAAGAAAUCCAAGUUGGAAUUCGCUAUUUACCCGGCCCCUCAGGUAUCCACCGCCGUUGUAGAACCAUACAACUCCAUCUUGACGACCCACACCACCCUGGAACACUCUGACUGUGCCUUCAUGGUAGACAACGAAGCAAUCUACGACAUCUGCAGACGUAACUUGGACAUUGAGCGCCCUACCUACACCAACUUGAACAGACUGAUUGGCCAGAUCGUUUCCUCCAUCACGGCCUCCCUAAGGUUCGACGGCGCUCUCAACGUUGACUUGACAGAAUUCCAAACUAACUUGGUCCCUUACCCACGUAUCCACUUCCCCUUGGUCACUUAUGCUCCCGUCAUCUCUGCCGAGAAGGCCUACCACGAACAGCUCUCCGUCGCCGAGAUCACCAAUGCCUGUUUCGAACCGGCCAACCAGAUGGUGAAAUGCGACCCCCGGCACGGAAAGUACAUGGCCUGCUGUAUGUUGUACAGAGGGGACGUCGUACCUAAAGACGUGAACGCUGCUAUCGCCACCAUCAAGACCAAGCGUACCAUCCAGUUUGUCGACUGGUGUCCCACCGGAUUCAAGGUCGGCAUCAACUACCAGCCCCCGACCGUCGUGCCCGGAGGUGACUUGGCUAAAGUACAGCGUGCCGUGUGCAUGUUGUCCAACACCACCGCCAUCGCCGAGGCUUGGGCCCGUUUGGACCACAAGUUUGAUCUUAUGUACGCCAAGCGUGCUUUCGUUCACUGGUAUGUGGGUGAGGGUAUGGAGGAAGGAGAGUUCUCUGAGGCUCGUGAGGACUUGGCCGCCCUCGAGAAGGAUUACGAAGAGGUGGGAAUGGACUCUGGAGAGGGCGAAGGCGAAGGAGCCGAAGAGUAUUAGACGGAACGGGCAUUCGAUUUUUGACGAUUUGUAUUUCUUUUCUAAAUUUGCUCCAUUUUUUUUUAUAUUUUUGAGUUUUUUUGAACGAUGUUUUGAAGUCUGAUUUAUUUAAUUGAAAUACAUUUUUUUACCAG